GAGUCCCAUAGGGCAGUGCACAAUUGGGCCUGCAUCGCCAGGGUAGGCCGUCAUUGUAAAUAAGAAUUUGUUCUUAACUGACUUGUCUAGUUAAAUGAAAAAUAUAGAAUGACAUACUCCUUCCACCACAAGACAGUGACCCAGCUACUCCUCAGUAAUGGGGUUCUGGGGUGACAUUGAGAAGAGUGUGGGCACCACUGUUUGGUUUCUGCUUCUCUCUAUCAGCACAGGGGUGUUAUACUGGGUCUGCUACUGUUUGGUGCAUCUGCCCAGAACCAGAUGGAGGGGUUCAUGCCAGUAUCCCUCUCCCUUAUGUAUAUGGCCACAGUGCACUCCCGUAUGGUUAAGGGCUUUCUUUUCGGGGUCACUGUACCCAUGUUAGCCCUGCCCUGGCUGUUUCUGUUCAUCACAACACUUUUGGUCCCACACACUGUCUUCCUUUGCAAUGUCAUGGCCAUCAUCGCAGGGGGGAUCUACGGAAAGGGCUGGCUCUCACUUCUGGACAUGUCCGAUGCCAGGGCAUCAGUGCUGGACAAGAAGAUGCCUUUCAGGCUGCUGAGGAACAUUGAUGUCCUGUAUGUCCCUGCAUCAAUAGAGGCGAGAAGGAAGACAGUCCACCCACCAAUCAUUCCAACCCCAGGCUCCUACCCAGUCCAAGCCUACGCACCAGUGUCUUCUACCUCCAACCUACAGGCUACCGAGACCACACCAAAGACAUUUGAAGGCUGGGCCCACUCCUACUAUACACAGGGGAGCCCUGUUCAGGUCUCAGGUUAUUACGGACACAACCAUGGAUAUGGCCUCAAGCUUUGGGCCAAGUUACGGACAUGGUCACAAACAUGGACACAGCUGCAGCCACAGCCAAGGUCAUGGACAUAGUCACGAACACAGCUUUGGCCAUGGACUCAGUCAUGGACAUGCAUCUGCCUCUCAAACCAGCAGUCACUGGGCUCCAGUGGCUCAACAUCCACAUUCUCAACAUUCCCACCUCAGUCCAUUGUCUGUGUCUGUCAGU